AUGGAUGUCCUCUAUCUUUACAUCGUCUACCUCGCAUUACUUAUAGCUUCGUAUAUAUUUGCAACACAUUUGCGUUCGAAAAUCUCGAACCUCCCACCAACUGUGUUCCCAACCCUCCCGAUAAUCGGCCACCUCUACCUUUUCAAAUCUCCGCUCUAUCGAACCUUUGCCAAAAUCUCUGCCAGAUAUGGCCCGAUCAUCAUUCUCCAUUUUGGGUUUCGUCGUGUUCUCUUAGUCUCCUCCCCUUCUGCAGUUGAAGAAUGCUUCACCAAGAAUGACUUAGUCUUUGCUAAUCGUCCUAAAAUGCUCUACGGCAAGAUCAUUGGCAACAACUACACUAGCAUGAGUUGGGCAUCUUAUAGUGACCAUUGGCGCAACCUCCGCCGCAUCGCCUCUACUGAACUCUUAUCUCUUCAUCACCUCAACGAGCUCCAUGCAAUACGAGAGGAGGAAGGUGGGGUCAUGAUUCAUAACCUGUUGUUGACAAGUUCUUCCCCGGUGAAUAUGAAGUCGGUUUUCUAUGAGCUGACGUUGAAUGUGAUGAUGAGGAUGAUCUCUGGGAAGAGGUAUUUCAGUGGCGAUAUUGCAGAUGUGGAUGAAGAAGGGAAACGGUUCAAGAAGCUACUCGAGGAGAUGUUUUUGUCUUCAGGUGCAUCGAAUUUGGCGGAUUACUUGCCGAAUUUGAGCUGGUUGGGAGUAAAGGGAUCGGAGAAGAAGCUAAUUGCUUUGCAGGAAAACAUAAAUGUGUUCUUUCAAGGAUUAAUCAACCAACUUAAGCAAGUGAAAGGAGGUGAAGUAGAAAAUCAAAAGAAGACGAUGAUUGAAGUUCUGUUAUCGUUACAACGAUUACAUCCUGAAUACUACAAUGAUGAAAUGAUUAAAAGCUUUGUGAUGGUUCUACUAUCAGCUGGUACUGAAACUUCUUCUGGAACCAUGGAAUGGGGUUUAUCUCUUCUGCUAAAUAACCCACAAGUCAUAGAAAAGGCACGCAAUGAGAUUGACCUUCAUGUUGGCAAACAUCGCUUUAUCCAAGAAUCAGACAUAGCAGAUUUACCUUACCUACGUUGCAUCCUGAACGAGACAUUACGACUGUACCCAGCAGCCCCAUUAUUACUUCCUCACGAGUCAUCGGAGGAUUCCCUUGUCGGCGGCUAUCACAUCCCCCGUGGGACAAUGCUUCUCGUCAACCAGUGGGCCAUAAAUCAGGACCCCAAGCUAUGGACUGACCCUGAAAGGUUCAACCCAGAAAGGUUUGAAGGGGUAGAAGACACAAGAGAUAAUGGGUUCAAGUUAAUCCCGUUUGGGUCUGGUAGGAGGAGUUGUCCUGGAGAAGGGUUGGCAUUGCGUAUGGUUGGGUUGACUUUAGGGUUACUCAUCCAGUGCUUUGAGUGGGAAAGGAUUAGUGGAGAUAUGGUUGACAUGAUUGAAGGUCCUGGGCUGACCAUCCCCAAGGCUAAACCAUUGUUAGCCAAGUGUACACCUCGUCCCGUGAUGCAGAAUGUACUCUCCCAGCUAUGACUCCAUCAUCAUCCCUUCUCCCUCAUCGCAACAACUUCCACACUUUGCAGAAAAUAGAAU